GAUGUAGUGACUCUUCUCCACACAAACCCGAGCGGUCGACUAGUAAGGUUGUGACAAAUGUAGCGAAAACACAAACAGGUUUUGUUUGGUUUUGUUUUUCUAACUGGAUGUACUCCUUCUGUUCGUGAGGACUAGAACAAGUUGAAGCAGAGGAUUAAGAAAACGACAGCCGAGUAGUGGUCUAAAUGGUCAGACUCGGAAGCAACGAGGGGAUUUGGGAAGAUUCAAGGACACAUUUCUUCUCUAUAAAUACGAUGGUGAUGUUUAUUUGAUUCGACGCCAGCCUGGAGAUUUGAAUAAGAAUGAAGGUCCUUUUGAAGAAGGUGCAGCAGCAGGUGCUCUACGUCCUGCUGCCGUGUGUACUCCAGCUCUGCUGCGCUCAGACUCAAGGAGUGACCGUUUGUGACGGCACCAAGAACUUUCUGAGCACGACUGGGAAUUCAGAGAUCCAGUACAACUUGAUGAAGACGAGGUACAAUAACUGCGACAUUGUGAUGGGCAACCUCGAGAUCACCAUGAUGGACCACACCAGAGACUUCAGCUUUCUGGAGUCUAUCAAGGAGGUGACGGGGUACAUCCUUUUUGCUAUCAAUGAGUUCAGCCGCCUCCCACUGCACCACCUGCGCAUCAUCAGAGGCAGCACACUGUAUGAGGACCAGUAUGCCUUGGCUGUCAUGGUCAACUAUCAGAGGGAUGGGGAGCAUGGCCUUCAAGAACUGGGCUUGACUCACCUCACAGAGAUCCUCAGGGGAGGAGUGAAGAUCAUCCGGAAUAAGUAUCUGAGCUACGCCCCGCAGGUGAACUGGCUGGACAUAGUGAAGGAUGGAACAGCCCAAAUUGUGAUAGAGGACAAUGGGCCUGAAAAGCCUUGUCACAAAGCCUGUGGAGACGUGCCAUGCUGGGGUCCAGGAAAUGACACAUGCCAGAUCUUGACAAAGACCGUGUGCGCCCCUCAGUGUAGUGGCCGCUGCUUUGGUAGAAACCCGAGCGAGUGCUGCCACGUUGAGUGUGCUGGAGGUUGCACUGGGCCCAAGGAUACAGACUGCUUUGCCUGCAGGAACUUUAACAACUCGGGCUCCUGCGUGCCUCAGUGCCCACAAACUGUGAUCUACAACAGGCUUACAUAUAGAAUGGAGCCCAACCCCAAUGCCAAGUACCAGUACGGCUCUAUUUGUGUGACCCAAUGCCCCAAAAUCUUUGUGGUGGAUGGCAGUUCAUGUGUGAGCAACUGCCCAUCUAAUAAAAUGGAAGUGGAGAAAAAUGGUGUGAAAACAUGUGAGCCCUGCAAAGGCCUCUGCCCUAAAGUUUGCCAUGGCACAAGCUGGACUGAUUCAAACAGCGAAACGGUCGAUGCUCGCAACAUAGAAAGUUUCAUAAACUGCACUAAGAUCCAGGGAAGUCUUAACUUCCUGGUGACGGGAAUAGAAGGUGAUGCCUACAACAAGGUACCACCCCUUGAUCCAGAAAAACUGAAAAUCUUCAACACGGUGGAGGAGAUUACAGACUUCCUCAACAUCCAGUCGUGGCCUGCAAGCAUGUCUGACCUGUCAGUCUUCUCCAACCUCCAAACAAUUCAGGGAAGAAAACUUUACAACUAUGCACUCAUGGUGGUUAAGAUCAAUUCUCUGACCUCGCUGGGGUUGCGCUCGCUGCAAAACAUAAAUGAUGGUGCCGUGUACAUUAAAGGAAACAAGAAUCUCUGCUAUCAUGAUACUGUCAACUGGACACGGCUUUUAGGCUCCCGUCCACAGAAACGUUUAAAGCUCUUAGACGUCACUGACAACCAAAAGAAGGGUGAAUGUGUUAAAGAGAAGCAUGUGUGUCACCCGCUGUGCUCCUCUGAUGGCUGCUGGGGUCCGGGCCCAGACCAGUGUGUCAGCUGUAAGAAAUACAGCAGGGGAGGAACCUGUGUACCAGACUGCAUGUUCUUAACUGGGAAGCAGAGGGAGUUUGCUACUAAGUCAGGGGAGUGUCUGCCCUGUCACCCUGAGUGUAAGGUCCAGGAGGGGAAGGAGACGUGCACAGGCCCGGGAGCAAAUAAAUGUCUAGCUUGUGCCAGCCUGAAAGAUGGCCCACACUGUGUCUCCAUGUGUCCUGAGGGUGUUAUGGGGCAGGAGGGAACCAUCUUUAAAUAUCCAGACAAGGAGGGCAACUGUAAACCUUGCCACAACAACUGUACCCAGAGGUGCACCGGUCCAGGAAUAGGGGACUGUACAAUAUCAUCUAGGUACAUUUCAGGGCAAAUGACCACGGCUAUCGUACUGGGAGUGAUUGCCCUCAUCUUUGCUUCCUUCUCGAUUUUCGUGCUAAGUAUUCUCUACCGCCGAAGUCUUGCUAUUCGUCGCAAGCGCGCCAUGAGAAGAUACAUGAUGAAUAGCGAAAGUUUUGAGCCCCUGGAAGAUAAAGGGACAAAAUAUGAAGCUCGGACCCUUAAACCUACAGAGCUGCGUAAGAUCAGGCUGCUGGGUAAUGGAGUGUUUGGAUCAGUCCAUAAGGGCGUUUGGAUUCCUGAAGGCGACACAGUGAAGCUUCCUGUGGCCAUUAAGACGAUUGAUGACCGCAGUGGUCGUCGGAAAUUCUCUGGAGUGACCGAUCACAUGAGGACGAUGGCAAGUCUGAACCACAUUAACGUUGUCAGGACCCUGGGUAUCUGUCCCGGUGACAGCCUGCAACUUGUUAUCCCGCUCAACAGGCAAGGCUCGCUGCUGGCACAUGUAAAGAAAAAUAAGGGCAAGCUCAGCCCACAGAGGCUGCUCAACUGGUUUGUGUUUCAAAUUGCAAAGGGUAUGAAUUACCUGGAAGAGAACAGGAUGGUUCACAGGAAUCUGGCUGCCAGAAAUGUACUCCUGAAUGAUAAUUUCACUGCCCAGGUUUCAGACUAUGGCAUUGCAGACCUGCUCUACUCUGAUGACAAGAAGUACUAUUGCAACGAGCCCAAGACACCAAUCAGGUGGAUGGCCCUGGAGAGCAUCUUGUUUCGCAGAUACACUCAUCAGAGCGAUGUUUGGAGUUAUGGUGUGACAAUAUGGGAAAUGAUGUCUUAUGGAGCAGAGCCGUAUUCAACAAUGCGACCACAGGAGGUUCCCGAUCUGCUGGAAAAGGGCGAGCGUUUGCCCCAGCCUCAAAUUUGCACCAUAGAUGUCUAUAUGGUCAUGGUUAAGUGUUGGAUGAUUGAUGAGAAUGUCCGUCCAACAUUCAAGGAGCUGGCGAGUGAAUUUACCAGAAUGGCCAGAGACCCACCUCGCUACUUGGUGAUCAAAGAGGACUGUAGCCAACAGGACUCAUCCCCAGAUGAACCCGUCCAACGAAGUGCAGACCUGGAUGACUUGGAUGAUGUAGAUGUCAACCUUGAGGACCCGUUGGCAGAUGAGAAAGAAGAUGACUUGUCUCCAGCCAACUACUACAUGGCAAAAAGUCUCAAUCGUUACUCUAGGAUGGACACUCCCAAAGUGAUUCUUAAUUCAUCCAGCGGAACUGGAUACCUGCCCAUGACCUCAGGUGUUGACAACCAUACACAGGCGAUGUGGCAGUCACGCUCUCGGCUAAAUUCUGCCCGUACUGUGUCCGAGAGCUCGGAAGGCUGCGGCACUGGAAUGGAGAUGGAGAUGGGUGAGGACUUCCCCUUAGCAGGGAGCCUGAAAAGAAGACGUCAUCGUGAGGACAGCGCUUACGUGUCGCAGAGAGACAGCAUGUCCGGCGGGCCACCUGAGACUCCCUCACCAGAGAUGGAAGAAGAAGAUCAAAACGGAUAUGUGCUUCCUGGAGGGAGCCCGGAGAGAGAUACGUUGCUUUUCUCAUCGCGAGCUGCUCCUGGGAGGAUGGGAAAGUCUCGUUCAUCAGAGCUCCUGGACGACCCAGAUGAUGAAGAAUACGAGUACAUGAACAAGCAGGUGUGUUUAACACCUGUAUCACUCAGGCAAGGCAGCCAGUGGCUGAAGCCGAACAAGAAGCGAACCUCUUCAAUGUCAUCACACGUGACAGCGUCCUCAUGUGACACCGGUGUGUCGGUGGAGGUCAGGGGAAGCUACACCAGGAGCAAGGACAACUCUGACUCCGAGCAGCAGGGUUCCAGUGAAGUUGAGUAUGAAUACAUGGACAUCAGAGGCGGUGAAAAGCUGGAAGGUCCGCCAGUACGUGACCCUCCUCCUCCUCCAGCUCCUGUGAGGAUGAGCAGCAAGGUGGAAGAGGAGGAGGAUGAAUACGUGGAGGACGGUAACUAUCAUUACACAAACAGGCAGCCAAAGCUACGACAGGCUCUUCAAGACAAGAAAGAGCUGAAUGUAGAGGGGACAGAGGCAGAUGAAUACGAGGAUAUGGACUGCUUUUCUGCCCCACCACCUGGCGGAGAUGGUGUGGUGUAUCAAAACUUACAGAGGGAGGAAAAUGGGGCAGCGGGGCGCAGAGAGCAACACCAGUCUAUGCGGGCCGGAGUCAGGGUCACGGAGCCUGCUGUCGGUGACAGAUCUUUCGACAACCCAGGAUACUGGCACAGCAGGAUGUUUCUUAAGCCCAGUGCUGUGCCAACAUGAAGAACAUUUUAAAUCUCAUGGACUUCCCUCUCAAACACAGUCAUGAAGGAUCUGAAAUGAGAAAAGCAACCAAAAGCCACGUUAAAGAUGUAGCAUGUAACAAAAUGUACAAAACCCCCCAAACAACACGUGACUAUUUUGCAGCUUUGUCCUUUGUUAUACAUCAAAAUUGUUUUUAUUAUGUGAUACAAGCUAUAUUUUUGUGUUUACAUUGUAAAUAAAGAGAUUUCAGGUAAGAAAUUGUGACAAUAUCAUUUGAAGAAUCAUUUAAAGAUGUUUACUCAAUAAAAAUAUUUUGAAUACUUGGUA